AUGGCACAAGGGAUUAAACUUGAACGAGCAAGAUUCUGCUGCUUGAUCUGUCUGGAUCUGCUGAAUGACCCGGUGACUGUUCCUUGUAGCCACAGCUACUGCAUGAGCUGCAUCAAGGAUCACUUGGACAAAGAGGAUGAUGAGGGCAUCUACAGCUGCCCUCAGUGUGCACAGACCUUCACACAGAGGCCUGUCCUGAUGAAAAAUGAUAUGUUAGCGUUCGUAGUGGAGCAGCUGAAGAAGACUGAAGUCCAAGCCGCUCCCGCCGAGCUCUGCUAUGCCGGACCUGAAGAUGUGGCCUGUGAUGUCUGCCGCGGGAAAAAACUGAAAGCCGUCAAGUCCUGCCUGCAGUGCUUCGCUUCUUACUGCGACGAACACAUCCAAACUCACUACGAGGUAGGUCCGCUGAAGAAACACAAGCUGGUGGAAGCAUCUGCAAAGAUCCAGGAGAGCAUCUGCACUCGCCAUCAAGAAGUGAUGAAGUUGUUCUGCCGUACCGAUCAGUGUUGCAUCUGCUACCUCUGCUCCAAGGACGACCAUAAAGGCCACGACAAAGUCUCAGCUGCUGCAGAAAGGGGCGAGAAGCAGAAAGAACUCGGGUCCACUCGCAAAAAAAUCCAGCAGAGGAUCCAGGAGAAAGAGAAAGUUGUGAGGUUGUUUCUGCAAGAGGAAGAUUCUGUCAACCGCUCUGCUGAAAACGCCCUGAAGAACACUGAGAAGAUCUUCUUGGAGCUGCUCCGCAUCAUCGAGGCAGGAGUCUCCGAUAUCAAGGAGAAGAUCAAAUCUCGACAGAAAAGCGAAGCCGGUCGGUUCAGAAAGGUUCGGGAGAAGGCGGAGCAGGAGAUCGUUGGGCUGAGGAGGAAAGAGGCCGAGCUGGAGAAGCUCUCGCUCGCAGAGGAUCACACUUACUUUCUCUUGAAUUAUUCCUCGCUGUCGCGUCUCAGUAAAUCUCAAGACCCGCCCAGUGUCACGGUCCGCCGCAUGCGGUACUUUGAGAAGGUCACGGUGGCGCUGACAGAGGCCAAAGACAAACUGCAGCUGGUUUAUGGUGACGAAUGUGCAAAGAUCAUAAAGACGAUAACUGGAACUGAUCUUUCACCAUCAAAUCCCUUCAGAGAGCCCACGACCAGGCCCGACUUCUUACAGUACGCAUGCCAGAUCACGCUGGAUGGAAACACCGCAAACACACAUCUGUUGUUAUCGAAGGAGAACAGAAAGGUGGUGUUCACGAGCGAGGAACAGGAAUAUGCCGAUCAUCCAGAGAGGUUUGCGUUCUCCUGGCAGGUCCUGAGCAGAGAGAGUCUGACCGGUCGGUGUUACUGGGAGGUGGAGCGCAGCGGGAAAGGAGUUCUGGUCGCGGUCGCAUACAAGAGUAUCAGCAGAGCAGGGAACUUCAGACAAGGUGUGUUUGGACUCAAUGAAAACUCGUGGGCCUUGGAUUGUUUCCAAAACAGCUGUGAAUUCAGACACAGCAACAAGAAAACCUCCAUCCCAGGCAUGUGGUCCUCCAGAGUUGGAGUGUACCUGGAUCACAGUGCAGGUAUUCUGUCCUUCUACAGCGUCUCUGACACCAUGACUCUCCUCCACAGAGUCCAGACCACAUUCACUCAGCCGCUCUAUGCUGGACUCUGGCUGUCAGAUGGAGCUUCUGCUUUGUUGAGCAAGAUGAGGUAG